UCCUCUGAGGGUGAUGGGAAGGAAGAGAGUGACCAUGUUCCAAAGAAGCCCGCCCCUGCAAGAAGCUCCUCGCAGUCUAUUCUGCACAGACCUCAAGCCCAAACCCCCGCAGUGGUGCAGCCCAUGGACUGUGGGAGAGGAGCACUGUUUAUAGUGAGUCCUUCAGACCGACAGGCCCACAAGCAAAUUCACUAUGGACUGAACCCAUCCAAGUGUCAGAAUUGUGGGGGAGCCUUCCCGUGUUCUCGGCACCCUGAUAUUUCUUUAGAAACCCACCGUGGACAGAAAUUCCUGGAAUGUCAGCAGCAAGGACAAAAGUUGAGUCAAGGGUUACCCCAUUGGAACCAUAUUCAUGUAACUGCAGGAGACAAACCACAUGCAUGUGAAGAAUGUGGGAAGACCUUCUACCGAUCCUCAUACCUUAUUAUACAUAGGAGAAUUCACACUGGAGAGAAACCUUAUGUUUGUAAGGAAUGUGGGAAGGCCUUCUCUCAAUCAAGGUACCUUACUUUGCAUAGGAAAUGUCAUAGUGGACAGAAACCUUAUCAGUGUCAGACAUGUUGGAAGGCCUUCACUCUGCGUUCAUGCCUUACCAUGCAUAUGAAAAUUCAUACUGGAGAGAAGCCUUGUAUCUGUAAGGAAUGUGGGAAGGCCUUUGUUUACUCCUCAGACCUUACCCGUCAUUUAAGAAUUCACACUGGAGAGAAACCUUACGUUUGUAAGGAAUGUGGGAAGGCCUUUUCUCAACCCGGGCAACUUAGCAAGCACAGGAAAAUUCAUAGUAAAGAGAAGCCUCAUAAAUGUCAGAAAUGUGGGAAGGCCUUCAUCGUACCCUCACUCCUUACUAGACAUAUUAAAAGUCAUAGUGGAGAGAGGCCUUAUCAGUGUCAUACAUGUGGAAAGGCCUUUACUCUACCCUCAAGCCUUACAACACAUAUGAAAAUUCACAGUGGAGAGAAACCUCAUCGUUGUCAGACAUGUGGGAAGGCCUUCUCUGUUCGCGCUUCCCUUACUGCACAUAUGAAAAUUCACGGUGGAGAGAAACCUCAUCAGUGUCAGACAUGUGGGAAGGCCUUCAUUCUGCGCUCUUACCUUACUAUGCAUAUGAGAGUUCAUACGGGAGAGAAACCAUAUAUAUGUCAGGAGUGUGGGAAGGCCUUUACUACAUCCUCAAAACUUGCUAAACAUAGGAGAAUUCACACUGGAAAAAAACCAUAUAUAUGUAAGGAAUGUGGGAAGUCCUUUAUUUAUUCCUCAGAUCUUACUAUUCAUAUAAGAAUUCACACUGGAGAGAAACCUUAUGUUUGUAAGGAAUGUGGGAAGGCUUUUUCUCGAUCUGGGCCUCUUGGUAAGCACAGGAAAAUUCACAGUAAAGAGAAACCUCAUAAGUGUCAGAAAUGUGGGAAGGCCUUCAAUCUGCAUUCAGACCUUAUUAUGCAUAUGAAAAUUCAUGCUGAAGAAAAGCCUUUUUAUAUAUGUAAGGAAUGUGGGAAGGCCUUCACUGAGCUCUCAGGCCUUACAGGGCACAUGAAAACGCACACGGUAGAGGACCCUUAUAUAUGUAAGGAAUGUGGGAAGGUUUCAUGUUCCCAUUAA